AUGGGUAAAAAGGGCAAGAAAACAGACGAACACAAGGCGCGUGUUGCAGCCAAGCAGACGAAGAAGACUGCCCAGAAGGAGAAAAGAUCAAAAGCCAAGGGUAAAGAUGCAGACAGCGACGCAGAAGAUGCCGAUCUGGAUGCCAUCCUAGCCCAAUAUGCCGAAGAACAGGCCAAGUUCUUGAAGGUCACUGAAGUCACCUCUGAGCCACCGGUCCCACGAUCAUCUGCGACUGUGCUGGCCUCUCCGUCGAACCGCAAUGAACUGUUGCUUUACGGUGGUGAAUACUUCGAUGGGACACACGCCACUUUCUUCAACAACCUUUUCGUCUAUUUGAUUGAUCGCGGCGAAUGGAGAGAGGUGACCAGUCCGAAUAGUCCUCUUCCUCGAAGUGGACAUGCAUGGUGCCGUGGUGGAAACACCGGAGGUAUUUACAUGUUUGGAGGAGAGUUCUCUUCGCCAAAGCAAGGUACAUUCUACCACUACAACGAUUUCUGGCACCUGGACACAACCACGAGAGAGUGGACCCGACUCGAGUCCAAGGGCAAAGGCCCUCCUGCUCGAAGUGGCCACCGCAUGACCUAUUUCAAAAACUACAUCAUCCUAUUUGGUGGCUUCCAAGAUACUUCCCAGCAGACCAAGUACCUGCAAGAUCUGUGGAUCUACGAUUGCAAUCAGUAUACAUGGACAAACCCCAUGCCAGCUCUUUCUUCUCAGAAGCCCGAUCCCCGUUCUUCAUUCUCAUUCCUCCCACAUGAGACCGGUGCCGUGAUCUACGGUGGGUACUCUCGAGUGAAAGCCUCCACCGGCGGUGGUGGUGGCGGCAAGCAAGGCAAAAGUGGCCCGCAAAAGAUGGCUCUCCGGCCUAUGGUUCACCAAGAUACAUGGUUCCUGAGAAUCACACCUCCAGCAACCGAAGCGCCAUCUUCAGCGGGUCCCGUCAUUCGAUGGGAGCGUCGAAAGAAGCCCGCUAACACACCCAACCCGCCGCGUGUCGGCACUACCAUGGCAUACCACAAGGGUCGUGGUAUCAUGUUUGGUGGUGUCCAUGACGUGGAGUUGACGGAAGAAGGAAUCGACAGCGAGUUCUUUGAUACGCUGUUUGCUUGGAACACCGACAGGAACAGAUUCUUCCCGUUGACACUGCGACGCCCUCGCGCCCCGGGCAAGAAACAGCAGGCAAACCAGAACGUCAAGGCGAAGAACAGAGGCAAAGCAGACGAGGAAGAGCUUCUGGCCAAUCUCAAGGCUUUGGAGGCUAAGGUCGGCAUUCGGGGUGAGGAUGAUGACGAGGAAAUGCAGAGCACACCUCAACCUGAAGAGCCGGCUGAGCCUGAGAAGCCCUCGGUUGUUCGGUUCGAGAUGCCCCACCGACGUUUCAACGCUCAACUUGCAGUACAAGAUGAUACACUUUUUAUCUUUGGCGGUACAUUUGAAAAGGGUGACCGAGAGUUCACCUUUGACGACAUGUACUCUAUCGAUCUGGUCAAGAUGGACGGCGUCAAAGAGAUCUUCUACCGCGAGCCCGAGAAUUGGAACCUGCUCAACGAGGCCGACGACAGUGACGAAGAUAUGGAAGAUGACGAGGAAGAUGAAAUGGAUGAAGAUGAGGAUGAGGCUGAUGCAGAGGCCAUGUCCGUUGAUGCCGCUUCGCCUGCUCCCACAGACCCCAACGUGCCAUCUGUGACCAAGGACAUGGAGCAGCUUGAGGUUGAGGAGCCCGAGGAGCAGAAUGUGAAUGACAGCAGACCCCUUCCUAGACCUUUCGAGAGUCUGAGAGAGUUCUUCAGUCGCACAUCUGAAGAAUGGCAGAACAUCAUGAUGGAUAUCGCCAGGGAGAGAGAGAACGCCAGCGAAAAGACAGUCAAGGAACUUCGCAAGGCCGCAUUCUCUGUUGCUGAAGAAAGAUGGUGGGACAGCCGUGAGGAGAUCAUGGCUCUGGAGGAUGAACAGGAGGCUGCUGGUAUUGGUGAGGUCGUCAGCAUGGCUGACCGAACCGAGAACAUGGGAGGAGCUGGUCGCCGUCGUUAA